GCAUGGCAGCAGAGGAGAACAAUACCGUCACAAUGGAGAAGAAAAUCCACGGCGGCGACAAGUUUUCCGGUGCCGGAACUUAUGCAUGCGGCUUCUCGUCGCCUAUUGUUGCCGGUGAUAUCUCCACAAUGCAGAAUUUGGCCGGCGGGAGUUACUAUGAUGGGAAGGAUAGCUUCUAUGAAAAGCUUAACAAGUUGAACGAGUCCUCUGGGCUCAGUCUAGUCUUUAACUUAAGACAAGCAAACCUGGACUUGCAUCUUUUCUAUGAAGAAGUCAUUAAAAGAGGUGGAUUUAAUCAGGUCACUAAGGAUGCUAUGUGGGGUGAAGUUGCAUGUACAUUGCAUGUGAAAAGCAAUAUCACAAUGUUCCCAACUCAACUUCAGAAGGUGUACGAAAAUCUCCUUCUCCAACUUGAGCAACUGUAUUACUAUCGAAGUAGAGAAAAAGGAACCAUGCAACCACCUAGUCAAGUUUCUGAUGCUGUUAGGCUAGCACCAGUAAAAGAUUAUAGUCUUUCUUUAGGUUCUGCAGAUAGGUCAGAUGACUCCGCAGGGAAGAGGAAAUUUUGUGGUCGGUCAUCUCCCGUGGCAAGUUUGCACCAUAAUGAUAGGGACUGUCCAGUAGAAAAAAGGAAGCGCAAGAAUGAUAGUCGCCAAGUUUCGACAGUAGGGCCAGAGACACCAGAGCAAAAAUCUCAGAGUUCGUCAACCAACAGAUAUCUGAGGAAAGACCCCGGUGCUCCAAUAAGAGGAAGGAGUUCAUAUCAGAUGUAUGUCAAGUUGGAAUGUGAAAGACAAAAGAAAGUACUUGGGGAGAGUUAUGGUUCUAAGAAAAUCAGAGAUAUGGCCAUUAAUGCCUGGAAGACUCUGUCUGAAAAUGACAAAGAGCCUUAUAUUGAAGCAAGUAAGCUGGAUAAGGAAAGAUAUAUCCGAGAAAUGGCUGCUUAUGAACAGCAUAAGAAGAAGGAAACUAAAACAAAUCCAAACUUGCACAGUGGUUUGGCCCCGAGUAUGAUCAAUUUUGGUGCACCAUCAGUAAUUGAUCAUGUGACUUCGCAAGCUGAUACUGGAAGCAACAUUAUCCCUGAUGCAGCCUUUAUCGAGUCCACUGUACAAAUUCCGAAUAAUAAUAAGACAAGUAACUCCAUAUUUCAGAUGGAUUGGGGAUUUUUUGCCUAG